CAUUCAUUCUAAAGUGCAAUUGUAUUGAGAAUCACCUCAGAAUUAAGACUGAACCAAAACAGCAGCAGCUUAUUAGCACAUGAACACUCUACCUACAUGUUACAUGAUGCUGAUAUUUCUAAUGAAAGUCAAAAUAAUGAAAAUGAAGACUUCAAAAAUUUAAACAGGUUUCAUAUUUUCUUGACCUGAUUUAAUGGUCAACUGUGGACAAUUGUUACUUGUAUCUUGCUACAAAUAAAUAACUGUUUCAAAUUUUAAAAAUAAUUAUUGUGUAAUAACACACCUAAUGUACAUGUAAAUAGAUGACAGUAACAUCUACAAAUGAAAGUUUAUGCAUAACAAUCUUAUCAAAGUAUGCAAAUACAGCAUUCUUAUUUCCAGACAAGUGACAUUGAUGUAAAAACUCCACUGAUGCUUUACCUUUAUCUGCAUCUCAAUUUCAUAUCACUCUGCAGUGAUAAGUCCAUUAGAGCAGAGAUUGCAGCACCAGCAUGUACACAUGAGACAAGCUGUAAGAUAUGCACGGACACAGUGCUUUGUACAGCCUACUCCUCAUUAUAGAUACAAUGAUUGGUUUAAUCUGUGGUCUCUAAUUACUCACAGGGUGGAAUACUAGCCCUUUAUCAGGACAGUCUGUAUUUUGGGAAAGUCCAAGAGUGGGGCAGUUCUACAACCCCCCAUGUGAAGUAAGCUCUGCUGUACUGAAGCCAUCUCUCCAUUGAGAGCUGAAUCUGGCCAUUGAUAACAGGGUGUUUUUUCUAUAUGGAGACAAGUAAUUGAUGGAGACACAAGGCUAGACCUCAAAUCAACCACACCUAAUAAGCAAGAAGAGAACGAGGAGUACCCUAGCUUUUAGUUCUUAAUAGGAAGAUGUGAGAAGAGGCUACAACAAAUUAAUUUGGUAUUUUUUCCUAGAGGAUUUCAUUUUGAUACUUUCGCAAUGAUUGCGAUAGGGUUGGUCAGGUGUCUGUUCUAUCUGUGGAUUGUCUCCCCUGUUUUGGGAUGUAUGCGGGGCUGUAUCUGUGACAACGACACAGUGACAUGUAUCCACAUUCUGACCUACAGUGCCUUUACAUUUCCGCCCAAAAUGACCAAACUCAAUAUAACACAGAGUUACAUAGGACCAAGACUACAAACUCCGUUUUCUCCUUACAUGGAUCUAGAGGAGCUACAUCUCACUAAUAAUGGACUCCAUGCGUUGGAUGAAAAUGUGCUGAAAUUUCUACGAAGGCUGAAGUACCUUGACCUCAGCAGGAAUCACCUUGUGAGGCUGGACAAUCACAUCUUUCAACAUUUGACAUCUUUAGAGGUUUUGGAUCUCAGUCACAAUGACUUUUUUGUACUUCCAGAUAUUCCUUUUAGAUACCUUAUCAAUCUAAGAACAUUCAACAUGAGUUUUAACCAGUUGCAACAACCCAAAUUAGGACUACGAUUUCAGGUCAUGACCUUGCUACAUAAUCUUGAUCUUUCAGGGAAUAACUUUACCCGUCUUGAUGGAAACACAUUUGAUAUGGCUCGGGGAUGGUCAGACCAAGUGCCUAAACAUGUCAACCUGUCAUACUGUGCAAUAUUAGUCAUAGAACAGGACACGUUCCGAUACCCUGUUAGAAUGGAGCACCUGUCACUUGCAGGGAACCCUGGGAUAGGCGUGGAGAAUCUCACCAACAUGUUUAAUUCCUCUCAUUUCGAAAAACUCAAACAUCUGGACAUAUCUGAUAUGAAUCUGACUGAUGUCAAAGAUCUGAUUCCAAUGCUAAGUAAAACCUCCAUCUCAGAUCUAAAUAUAGCUCACAACAACCUCCGGAAAAUCCCUAUCUCUUUGAGGGAUUACCUUCGUCGGUUGACUGUGCUGGAUAUCAGCUACAACCAACUUGACACACUGUCUAAUGCUGUGACAGAAAUCGGAGGCCUCCUUCACUUGGAUGCUUCUCAUAACAGGAUUUCACAGAUAGAUGAGACAUUCCAGCAACAUUUAACAAAUCUUCUGACCUUACACCUGUCUCACAAUAACCUUGGGGACAACACUGUGUCACUAACAAAUGCAGCCUCCUUGAAGAUUCUGGACCUGAGUCACAACACCUUGACCCAAUUCCAGGUACCAAGCACUCUGGGGGACCUGGAGCACCUGUCACUAGCCAGGAACAUGAUCAACAACAUCACUUCCAUGUCUGGCCUCCACAAACUGCGCAGUCUUGACAUCAGUGGAAACAGGCUGACCCAACUCCCAGGGUUCCUGCUCUUGGACUCGAGGAAAAUUAUCCAUACGAACUUCAGCUUCAAUAUGAUCUCCAGGAUAGAUCAUCAAACCUUCCGCCCUAAGUCUCCAGACAUAAUAGACUUGUCAAAAAACAAACUAGUGAAGCUGUGGAAUGCUGGCUGGAAGACUGCCAAAACCAUAGAUCUCCACGGCAACAAGAUCACUGAGAUGGACGACCAGUCAUUUUAUGCCAUGUAUGAAUUGAAAGAGUUAGAUCUGAGUUGUAAUAACCUCAGUCGCCUUAACCCAGCAGUGUUUGUCUUCCUGAGUGACCUUCUUGUUCUAUAUCUACAAGACAACCAAUUGUCUCAGGAUGCUGAACUGUACAACACAAUGCAUUCCUUGCGAGAGAUCACUAGCAUAGACCUCAGUGGCAACAAAUUCAGAUACAUCAUGGACGGAACAUUCAACUCCUGUCCAAACUUACAGAAAGUUUCAAUGAGUGACAAUCCAAUCCAAAUCAUUUACUCCUCAACUUUAGCUGUCCUUCGGAACUUGGAGGAAGUUGACUUUUCAAACAGCAGCUUCUUGUGUGGAUGUGAACUGGUGGAUUUCCAGGAGUGGAUGAUGGAAACCAAGGUGAAAAUCAUUCAUCAGUUCAACAGCAGCUACCAGUGUAAGUCUCCAGCUCACAGACUCGGGCACAGUGUAAGAAGCUACACAAUGAGCGAGUUUGAAUGCAAUGAGUCUCUGUUCUUUGUGACCGUAUUUAGCUCUAUUGGUGCAGGAGUGAUGUUGAUUGGGGUUAUUGCAGCUCUUAUUUAUUACUACUGCUGCAAACAUAGACAAAAGAGUUCUGAUGAAUUGAAUAAACCCAUCAUGAAUGGAAGUAUUCCUUCCAAAGAGGAAAAGAAAAGAAGAGGCAUUCCUAUAGAAGUUUUAAAGAAUGCAGAUGCAACUGAGGUGGAGAGACUGCUUAAAGCAGAAUACAGAAGAAAGAGAGAACCUGAGCAAAAAGGGAAAACAAAAAAUAAAGACAACAAGAAAACGAAAAAUAGACAGAGUUCUAGAGAAAAUAGAAUCACCAGAGAUAUGAUCAGAUACCCUGAUCUCCAACGUGAUGUGAUGACAUUGCCAAGAAUACGAGAAAAUCGUUACAUGGACAGACGGGACUACUACAGGCCAACACCAGCCAGACCGAUCUACAACCCUUACCUAUACGACCGCAGCAAGUCACAAGCAGAACUAUAUCCGUCGUCACGUACGACACAUCAUCAUGUCUAUAGAGAGAGGCAGAGAAACCCUUAUUACUCCGCUCAGAAUGUGGACAUUAUUCGUCGGCCGCGGCCUAGAUAUAGCCAAAGCAUGCCCGACAUGCUGAACAGAGUACACACCCUUCCUAAGCCACGCCCCCCACGAGAACCUCAUUACAUUACCAGGGAGAAGAGAAACGAUGAAAGCUCCUAUGACGUCAGGCUUUUCAAGGACCCUACGUACAGACCAUGGGUGGAUCAAGAAAGGUGGGAGAGAGACAGAAGAGAAGUUGUUCCUCAAGAAAUACCCCGGGAUCCUCCUACAGUGCAUUCUGGGUAUUAUACAAUAUCAGCCAAAACAGCUGAGAGGGGAAGUGGCAAUAGAACUCAGUGGAUAUGAAAGCUUCUUUAAAUUUUUCAUAUUUAUCAGAAAACAUUUCAUGUAUUUAUAUAUCAACAUUAUCAAGUAUAAAAAAACAAUCCUUAAAUGUCUGUUUACAUUAUUUAUGCAUAACUGUGUAGAAUAAAUAAACAUACAUAUUCUUAUUUCAUAGUUUCUGUGCGAUAUUUCAUUGAUAUCUUCUACAAUGUAC